ACAUAUAAAAAAGCGGUUCUUCUGUCAGAGCAACACUUUCUUGAGUACCUACCUACAAGGCAGAUCUGAAAAUGAGUGGAAGAGGCAAAACCGGCGGAAAAUCCCGAGCAAAGGCUAAAACCCGCUCCUCCCGUGCCGGGCUCCAGUUCCCUGUCGGUCGUGUCCACCGACAUCUGAGGAAGGGUAACUAUGCCCAGCGCGUCGGUGCCGGAGCCCCUGUCUACCUGGCAGCCGUGCUGGAGUACCUCACCGCUGAGAUCCUGGAGCUGGCUGGAAACGCUGCCCGCGACAACAAGAAGACUCGUAUCAUCCCCCGUCACCUGCAGCUGGCUGUCCGCAACGACGAGGAGCUCAACAAACUGCUGGGAGGAGUGACCAUCGCUCAGGGCGGUGUGCUGCCCAACAUCCAGGCUGUGCUGCUGCCCAAGAAGACCGAGAAGGCUGCCAAGAAGUAAACAACCAAAACCAUCUCAAACAAACCAACGGCCCUUUUAAGAGCCACACUCACCUCUAACUAAAGAUGGAGUUCUCUUUUUAUUUUUAUUUUAAAAUCAUAUAUAGUUUGCAUAAUGGUCUACUGGGGAAUACUCAUUGUAGUAAAUACAAAUCACUCAUUGACGAAGCUAUUUGUAUAGGCUAACUAAAUGAAUAAAACUCUACUACACCUUAAUUCCCACACAGAUUUGGUACCACACUAUUCUGGUGUUUGAACUUGUGUUGUAGUGGACAUGGACAUUUAAAAUACACUUGUUUUAUAACCUAAUUCUCUUCAUCUAUGUAUUACUACAUGAGUCAAAUAACAUUACUUAAAUCAACAUCAUAUCUUAAUUUCAUUCAAUACAUUGCUAACGGGUUGGAGUUCAGUCUCCAAAUCAAAUCUCUUCAAAAGACAAAUCAUACAGUGAGGAGAAUAGAGUCUUAGAGUAAAGACAAGACGACUCCUGUCUUAACAUGUAUUAUCAUAAGGGGAGAAUCUUCAUUAAAUUCAUCUGAUCUUCAUUAAAA